AUGUCUAUCGAUAAAAGUUGGAUUGAUUCCCCACGUCAUUCACCUCACUACAAGCAAGGACUCAAGUCAUUUAUCGAGAUGUGUGAAAAAGUGAUAAAAUACCACGAUGAAGUUAGAUGCCCGUGUACCAAAUGUAAAAAUUCCGGCUUAAAAACUAUGGCAGAAAUGAAAUACCAUUUGGUAAUUAACAGUUUUUGGAAGGAAUACACGAAGUGGACCUAUCACGGGGACACGACCCCAAUUGCAGAAGUAAACGAUGUUGCGCCACAAGACGGUAUGGUAAACGUUAUUGAAGACAUUAGGGGGGAGCGUAUGGAAGAAGAUACAUACCUUAACCAAGAGAACUCGAAUGGAGAUAGUAGCGGUGUUGUUGAUGAUUUUGAAGACCUGGUAAAGGAAGUUGAAACAGAAUUAUAUCCUGGUUGUACCAAGUUUUCUUCUAUUGACUUUUUAGCAAGGCUUUUGAAUAUAAAGGAUACGUACCAUUUGCAAAAUGAAGCAGUAGAUCGACUCCUCUCGUUGUUGCGAGAGUCAAUGCCAGAAGGCAACAAGAUUCCCCCCUCGUAUUAUGUAGCUAAGAAGACAUUUAAGAAGAUUGGUUUGGCAUAUGAGAUGAUAGAUGUGUGCACAAAUGAUUGUGCUCUCUUUUGGAAAGAAAACGAGUCCUUGCAAAAUUGUCCCGUUUGUAAUGAGAGUCGAUGGGUCGAUAAAGACACAAAAGGCACGAAGGUGGCUCGUAAGGUGUUACGAUACUUUCCUUUGACACCUAGACUACAACGUUUGUAUUGUUCAAGGCACACAACGAAAGAUAUGAUAUGGCAUAGUACCGGACGAUCGGAAGAUGGGACUAUGCGUCAUCCAGUUGAUGGAUCUGCAUGGCAAGACUUUGAUAAAAAGUACCCAAACUUCGCGAUGGAGCCACGAAAUGUUCACUUAGGGCUUGCAGCUGACGGUUUUAAUCCCUUUAACAAUGGUAGUGGAUCCUCGACUCAUAGCACGUGGCCGGUUAUACUCACCACAUAUAAUCUGCCUCCCUGGCUAUGCAUGCGAGAGUCCACAUUCAUGUUAACCUUGUUGAUUCCUGGCCCUAAAUCACCGGGGAAAGACAUGGACGUUUUCCUUAGACCGUUAGUGGAUGAGCUUAAGCAAUUGUGGCAGACAGGUGUACGUACUAAAGACACAGCGACAAACACAUACUUCACAAUGAAGGCGGCGUUGUUAUGGACCAUAAAUGACUUUCCAGCCCGUAGUAGUCUAUCAGGUUGGAGCGGACAAGGCUACAUGGCAUGCCCAACUUGUAACCAAGACGCUCCUUCAAUACGUGUAACUGGUAAAUGUUCUUAUGUUGGUCAUCGCCGGUUCUUAGAUGCCAACCAUCCUUGGAGAACAAGUCUCGACUUUAACGGGAGACCCGAGACACGAGACCCUCCGAGACAGUUUAGCCCAGCUGACAUAGAAGCUCAACUCGGUCGUUUAAUUAAUCGUCUACCAGGCAAGCAUCCAGAUUUUGGAGGUGGGAGGAUAACCCGGUCAGAUUUCGAGUUGAACUGGUCCAAAAGAAGCAUAUUUUUUGACCUUGAGUAUUGGUCUUCUCUGCAGCUGAAACAUAACUUAGAUGUAAUGCAUAUAGAGAAAAAUGUGUGCGACAGCUUGCUCGGUACUCUUCUAAUGAACGAUAAGAGCAAAGACACGCCAAAUGCGCAGUCCGACUUGGAAAAACUAAACAUUCGGCCGACACAAUGGCUGAAACAAUCGGGUGAUGGGUUUGGAUCUAAUAUCAGUAAGAGGGUGACAGAAAACAAUGCUAACAUUACCGGGUUGAAAUCUCAUGACUGUCAUAUCCUCAUGCAACGUUUGAUACCGAUUGGGGUUAGAGGGCUUUUGACUAAAGAUACAUCUACACCAAUAGUAGACCUUUGUAUGUUCUUUAAGCACCUUUGCUCUAGAACACUAUCGGUGGAUGAUAUGAAGAAAGCAAAGGAUGACAUUGUUACCAUCUUAUGCAAGUUAGAGAUGAUCUAUCCACCUGCGUUUUUUGACAUUAUGGUUCAUUUACUUGUGCAUUUACCUGAUGAAGCGAUUGCGGGAGGUCCAGUAGCUUUUAGAUGGAUGUAUCCAUUUGAAAGGUACAUGAAAAAAACUAAAGAACUAUGUCAAAAACCCGGCAAGGCCUGA